UAUUGAAAGCCUGCAAUAAACAGAAAUCAGCAUAACUGGUUCAGCUUGUUUUUAAUUGAAUACUUAUUAAAUAUAAAGUGUCAGAUCAGAAUUUAUGGAGUAACGGGGAAGUUUUACAUCAAGAGGAGCACAUUUCCCAGGAAAAGCGCAUUAUCGGUCAGAUACCGCCCACUGACGGGAAAGUGAAACCUACCAGUGAAUAAAAGGAGGAACUUUCUUAAAGUCAACCAUUUUGUUACAAACUGCAGGACAUUUAUUUGUGACAGAAAAACUCCCCAGCAUGGCGUUUAUGCAGCAGUCACCGUUUUACAAUCCCAGAAUUCCUUUUACUGGAUCCAUCCAUGGUGGGCUGCAGGAGGGGAAAUCAAUCACCAUCAGUGGCCGAGUCCUUCCAGGAGCAGACAGGUUCCAUGUGAAUUUACAGUGUGGAACAAGGGCUGGUGCUGACAUCGCUCUUCAUUUUAACCCACGUUAUGAAAGUCACGCUCACGUGGUCACCAACACCUUCCAGUUUGGUAACUGGGGCUCUGAGGAAAGGAAGCAGAACUCCCUUAUUCCUGCUGGUAGUCCCUUCAACUUGACCAUCACUGUCACCCGUGAUUUCUACCAGUUGAUUGUCAAUGGAUCCCACUUCAUGGACUACAGGCACCGUAUCCCGUUUCAGCAGGUCGACAGCAUCUGUGUUGGAGGCAAAGUGGAAAUUUCCUCCAUUUCCUUCCAGACCCCUGCAUUCCCAGCUCAGCCAGCAUUCCCUGGAUUUGCUCCACAGGUAGCUCUCCCCACCCAUGCUGCAUUCCCAGCCUUUCCAGCAUUUCCCCCGCAGCCCAGCUUCCCUGCGCAGCCUGGAUUUCCUCCUCAGAUGCCUACCAUCCCAUACAGCAGUGCCAUCAGCGGUGGACUCAGUCCUGGUAGGAUCAUCACCAUCCAGGGAACAGUCCAUCCCAACGCCACCAGGUUCAACGUGAAUCUUCGCGCUCAGUCCAUCAUCGCUCUGCAUUACAACCCACGUUUCAACGAGAACUGUGUGGUCCGCAACACCAUGAAGUAUGAGCAGUGGGGCUCUGAGGAGCGGGGUGGAGGGAUGCCCUUCCACCGUGGACAGCCUUUUACGCUGACCAUCUGCUGUGAGAAUAACGCCUACCGAAUCGUGGUGAAUGGGAUGAAUGCUCACACCUAUAAACACCGCUUCACCCCCCUCCACAACAUUAACACCAUGGAGAUCAAUGGUGACAUCAGCCUGACCUCUGUGACUGUGUAGAGAUCCAGGAGCCGUGCAUUCUCUCUGAACACAAACAUAGAAUAAAUCUAAAACACACAAAGAUAAAUUCCUGUUAAUUGUUGGUAGUUGUGUCGUUUCUGGAGUCUCAGGUCUGAGAUGGGACUCCACAAACUGCCACUUAUCAUCUCACAUCACAGUUUAAUGGAGCAAAACAAGCUGGUUAAUUAAGAAUCGUCCCUGGAGAGAUGACUAACUUUCUCCCUUCUCUGAUUUAAACCUUUUCCUUCAUGUGAAAUCCAUUUAAAACAAAACAGCAACAAAACAGCCCUCAGGGAAUCCUCCAGACUCAUUUCUUACAGGUGUAUUAUUUGGGAAGAUAAUAUCCCAGUUUUCCGGUGCUGGCUGACCUACACAAUGUUUUAUUUAACUACCAUAGUUAAAUAAAAUAUUGUGUUUAUUCUAUACAUAAAGGAUAUGAGUAUAACAUUGAUAAUUAUAGACAUGUUUAUUAUAACACUUACUCGAGGUGUAUUCUGUAAAUUGCAUGUUUAGACUUUAUAUACUCAUACAUAAGAAUGUUCAUUUUAAUCAAAAUAUGAUGUGCGUGUCCAGAAUGAUGUAAAUCUCACUGAGAAUCAGAUCCAGGUCCAGCAAUUUAAACCCGAAACCGACUGUCCUCAUGCAUGUUACACUCAGCAGCAGGUGCAGGUAGACAUGGAGGGAGAAACCAUUUGGUAUUCAACCAGUGUUUUCUUUUUUUCUGUUUCAUUUAAUGCCUCUAAAAUGUGAAUUUUCGUUUACUGGAAAUAAAGGGAAAAUAAGUACUCGUUAAUACUUUUUGUGCCAUUAAAACAAUGAUGUCACAG